AUGCAAACAGAGGAGACUACUCCGGACAACACAGAAUGUUCUGCCUCUGCAACCCGAACCACCAGUCUAAAGCAGGGAGAGCCCUCCAGUCCAUCUCAGCCGCAGCAACAGAAAAGAGCAGAAACAGAACUUCUAAUCUAUAGGUCAUGCUCAUACCCACAGAAGAACCAAGGGAAUCAGGCGUCCCCAAACUGCGGCCCCCUGAGGCCAUUUAUCCGGCCCCCCGCCGCACUUCAGGAAGGGGCACCUCUUUCACUGGUGGUCACUGAGAGGAGCACAGUAUGUGGCGGCCCUCCAACGGCCGUCAUCAGGAACGACACAGUAACUAUCCGCACUAGAAAGUUCGUGACCAACCGACUGCUUCAGAGGAAACCAAUGGUCAGGGAUGUCCUUCCCCCCGAGAAGGCAACAGUGCCUAAGACAGAAACUCAGGAAAAACUAGCCAAAAUGUACAAGACCACACCGGAUGUCAUCCUUGUAUUUGGAUUCAGAACUCGUUUUGGUGGUGGCAAGAUGACUGGCUUUGGCAUGAUUUAUGAUUCCCUGGAUUAUGCAAAGAAAAAUGAACCCAAACAUAGACUUGCAAGACAUGGCCCGUAUGAGAAGGAAAAGACCUCAAGAAAGCAACGAAAGGAACGCAAGAACAGAAUAAAGAAAGUCAGGGGGACUGCAAAGGCCAAGGUUGGUGCUGGCAAAAAGUGA